AUUGGUCUGCUUCCCGUUACGAGGCGGGCUUAGCGCCAAAUACAAACGGAGAUAGGGAUUCGAGUUGUGCGCAGGGCGAAGUGGUUUGGGCUUGGUAAAGGUAUUCAUGGCAACUCAUCAGCGAUUAAGCCGGGCUGACUUCCACCACUCUGAUAAUGUCUCUGAGCAAGUACAGGUUUGUGUACGACUACGUCCAGCUGUGGGGACUGGACUAGGUCAGGAAGCUCCAUGUGUACGAGGUGUGGACUCCCACUCCUUGGAAAUUCUCAACUGGAGAAAUGAGUUGGAGACUAUGAAAUACAAGUUUGAUGCAUUUUAUGGUGAGGCAGCCACCCAACAUGAUGUCUACAUGGGGUCAGUUCAGCCUGUCUUACAUCAUCUGCUGAAGGGGCAGAAUGCUAGCAUACUGGCUUAUGGACCAACUGGAGCAGGCAAGACACACACCAUGCUGGGCAGUCCAGAUCAUCCAGGAGUGAUCCCUCGAGCUGUUCGAGAUGUCUUGCAGAUGACAAGGGAUGCUUCAGAAGAUAAAUGCAAAUACUCUAUCUCUAUGUCCUAUCUGGAAAUCUAUCAAGAAAAGGUUUUGGACCUUCUUCAACCCUCCCUCCGAGACCUGCCGAUCAGAGAGGAUCGUAACCACAACAUCCUGGUGCCAGACUUGACCCAGAAAGAGAUCAUUAACUUUGCAGACUUUGAAAGCCAUUUUCUGCCCGCAAGCAGAAAGCGAACGGUGGCAUCAACUCAGCUGAACCAGCGCUCCAGCCGCAGUCAUACUGUAUUGCUGGUUCUGGUGAACCGGAUCCGGGACUGGCCCACAUAUUCUCACCAGACUGCGAAGCUGUGCCUCAUCGACUUAGCAGGCUCCGAGGACAAUCGGCGAACGGGCAACAAAGGCCUACGCUUGAAAGAGAGUGGAGCCAUCAACAGCUCCCUCUUUGUGCUCAGCAAGGUGGUUGAUGCCCUUAAUCAAGGUUUGCCUCGAGUUCCCUAUAGAGACAGCAAGCUGACCCGUCUGCUGCAGGACUCUCUGGGAGGCAGUGCCCACAGCUUGAUUAUUGCAAACAUCGCUCCAGAAAAGAAGUAUUAUUUUGACACUCUCACAAGCCUCAACUUUGCUGCAAAGUCCAAACAAGUUGUGAAUAAACCCUUCACCCAAAAAACCCUGCCACAAACUGGUAAUAGAAAACCAACAAAAUCUGGGGAAACUGAAACUCUGAACAACCAGCCAGAAGCAGGAAGAUCUAUCUCAGAUGGCAAGAGGCCUUGUCUGGGCUUCAAUGAUGCGGGCCCUGAGGCCAAGAGACCUUGCCUACAAGAAGAACAGCCAGGGCCAUCUGAAGAGAAGCCACUCAGUUGUUUGCUGCCUCUUGAGAAUCUUGACCCCACUUUGGCUGAACGACUGCUACGUUUAGAGGCCCUAGAGAAAGAAAAGGCUGGGAGCCAUGCAUUACCUCUCCUUAACACACCACGCAGGGAACGCCUGAAUGUUCUGAAACUCCUGGAUGAGACACGCCGUGAGCUGAAGAGAGUUCAAGAAAAGCAGAUAGAAAUGGAAGCCCAUACUCUGGAGAAGAAAGGUGCACUUUUCCCCCGAGCUGCAAAACCCCGAAAACAGGCCACAGUAUUGCCCCUCCAACAAGUGCAGACACCUGUCAAGAGUCAGGAAGAAGAGGAGAGUGUUAUUAAGAAACAGAAGACCAGAGGCCGAAAGAAAAAGAUUCAAGACUUCGACUCUGAAAACAAGGCUCCCUCUGAGUGGGAAGUGGAGAUCCAUCCAGAUCAGCUGGCUCAUAGCAAGGCUAAAAUCCUGUCCCUCAUGAACUCGGGUUCCGUGAAGGAUCUUAUGGGUCUACACCUCAUUGGCAAGAAGAAAGCAGAGCUCAUUGUGAGCUGGAGAGAAAAUUAUGGAUCUUUUCAGAAGGUACAGGAUCUUCAGAAAAUACAUGGUAUUACAGCCAAGCAAGCAGACGCUUUUAUUAAGGCAAAUAUCUUCAAAUUUCAGAAAUCUUCAGUAACUGGAAUGGCACUGUGAAACAGCAUCCCCGAUCCCAGCCUUUUUUAUUAUUAUUAAUAUUGAUCAUCUGUUCAUUUUUAUUUAACUAAUACAGGUAUUUAGCUAUAUUAGAUGUUUAAAUCUCAGAACAAUAUUUUUAAUAAUUACAUUGCUCAUCCUUGGCCUUUCACUGUAAACAAUCCAGCAUUCACAACUAUCAUCAACAUUCUUCAUAAAGAAGUUGGUAAUAUUUUCAGUGGAAAAACAAGGGGAAAUGAUUAAAUUUUUAAAUUUUGGACAA